AUGACGAGCAGUCAAGGUGUCCACGACGCCGGCUUCACCGCCCUUCCCCCGGAGCUCAUCAUAGCCAUUGCAUCACACCUUCCCCGGCCCGAUCUCGCUCGACUUUCGCGCGUGAGCUCAUUCUACCGCAGCGUCUGCGUGAAGCGUCUUUACAUGGAAGUGGAAGAUCAUGUCAUUGUUUGGCCUGAGCAUGGCAUAGUCCAUCUCCGGCCACCUCUGAACAACCCAGAUUACGCCAAGCACGUCCGAUGCCUCCAGGUGUCCGCCCGCCCGGAGGGCUGUUGCCGCCUUCCCCCAUUCACUCUGCCCCACCUCGACGUGCUUCGCGUUCAGUUCGGCAGCCAGUACCACAUUUACGGAGAUGGUGCACCCGAAUUCGCCUCUGAAGACGCCUACACCCCGCGGACCCUUGUUAUGGAGCUGCCGAACGACCCCUAUUACAGUGACUUCCCCAUGUCGUACCUUACAUCCAGGAUGAAGAGCACGCAGCUCGUCCUCCUUCUCCGGAACUUUGGCUUCGCCGACGCCGCCGUCAGCAACUUCACGCCCCGGUGUACGCGCACUGUCACAAUCGUCGUCCUCCUCAGGGGCCGGCAGUGCACGCUGGAGCGCCUCGUCACGGCGCUCAUGAGCAUCUGCCUGCGCCUCGCAAAUCAAGACUGCACGCCGUUCCAGUAUCACCAGCUACAGCACGUGCGCUUCGUGAUCGGAGGCAUGACAUUGUCGCGUGCAUGCUACGAUCAGCUUCUCCGCAGUCUGCUGAAGCACAUCAAGAGAUACUCGUACUACACCGGACCUGAUGUCCCGGCGCAGUACACAGCGCCGGAGUCGGCGUCCACGACAGCCAGCGACGCCCCGAAACUGCAGCACGGUCCUUCAGGAGACGAUACACCCUAUGACUACGCGGACCGCUCACAACGUCCGCCGCCCACAAUCGAGAUUCUCUCCAUGGACGAAUAUCUUUCGCUUGGGAGCUCACGCUAUGUGCUCAGUGAAGAUGACCUAAAGGAUCACCGAGAGCAGGUCACGGAGCACGUCUUCGACGAUGCUGGGGCCGUUGCUAAGAUCAAGAAGCAGGUGGAGGAGUAUCAGCACGUGGGCAUGAUCAUGCGACCAAUGGAGUCUGACUUGUCGGGCCCCGACGGAAACGAUGACUGA